GGGCUCGGCGCGGCCAUGGUGGAGCGCGCGGACGAGGCGCCGCUGCUCUUCUGGGCCGAGGGCCCGGCUGUGUCCGCGCCGCCGCCCGCGGCCGAGGCGGGUGGUGUCGGCGGGCGGCGGCUCGGAGGCGGCUGGAGCGCGGCGCCGUGGGUCUGCGAGGAGGAGGAGGCGGAGGCGGCGGGGCCGCCGCCGCCGCGGGCAGAGGCGGAGGAGGACCAGAUCGUGGCCGUCUUCGUGGUCACCUUCGACCCCCGCACGGGCAACAUGGUGGAGUGGUGUUUACCUCAAGAUAUCGAUUUGGAAGGUGUGGAAUUCAAAUCCAUGGCUAGCGGGUCCCACAAAAUCCAGUCGGACUUCAUUUAUUUCCGGAAAGGGCUCUGUUUUGGCCUGGCCUGCUUUGCCAACAUGCCUGUGGAGAGUGAGUUAGAGCGUGGUGCCCGUAUGAAGUCUGUGGGGAUCCUGUCUCCUUCUUACACCCUGCUUUAUAGGUACAUGCACUUCCUGGAGAACCAGGUCAGACACCAGCUGGAGAUGCCAGGGCACUACUCCCAUCUAGAGGCAUUCUAUGAUGACAAGAAGGGUGUUCUCCCUGAUAGCAAGGGUACCACCACCUCCCAGCAGCCGGUCCACUGGCUGCCAUCCAUCCACAGAUACAUGUACCCUGAGAUGAAGAUCACACACCCUGCUGGCUGUAUGUCUCAGUUCAUCAAAUUCUUUGGUGAGCAGAUUCUUGUCCUCUGGAAGUUUGCCCUGCUGCGCAAGCGCAUAUUGAUAUUUUCACCGCCCCCAGUUGGAGUUGUCUGCUAUAGAGUGUACUGCUGCUGUUGCCUUGCCAACGUUUCUCUACCUGGUCUUGGAGGAACUGUCCCAGAAUCCAAACCGUUCUUCUAUGUCAAUGUGGCAGACAUAGAAAUGCUGGAGACAGAAGUAUCAUAUGUGGCCUGUACAACAGAAAAGAUCUUUGAGGAGAAACGGGAUCUCUAUGAUGUCUAUGUAGACAACCAGAAUGUGAAGACACAUCACGAGCACCUGCAACCACUCCUGAAAAUUAACAGUGCUGAUAAGGAGAAAUACCGACGGCUUAACGACCAGAGGCAGAUGUUAAUGUAUUCUCAAGAGGUGGGUGAGGACUGUAGCUCCUGUGAAGAGGACCUUUUCAUCUUGUUUUUUAUGGAGCAGAACAACCGCAUAUUUCAGACACUGAUGGAGGUGUCAGCCAGCCAGGACAAGACCCUGACAGCUGACCACGCACGAGGCAUGGGCCUGGAUCCCCAGGGGGAUCGAAGUUUCCUUAUGGACCUACUGGAAGUGUACGGCAUUGAUGUUAUGCUAGUCAUUGACAACCCCUGCUGCACUUAAACCAAGAGCAAGAGAAACGGGGAGCAAAGAUCACUUCUUAAAGACUAUCAGACAUUGCUUAGGAGCAUCACUGGAACUCACCACAGCCGCUGGAUGGAUCUCAUUUUAUUUAAUAACUUUAUAUGGAAAGUAUUUAUAAUUUAAAAGAAAAUGUGAUUCUAUUUUUACCCCCUUGAUUUUCCCAAGGAGUACCCACUCCAGGUUUUUUGUUUGUUUUCAUCUCCUAUUCUUUUUCACUUGUGUUUUUUGUUUUGUUUAGAUAGGACCAGUGGCAUCUCUGCACCAACCCUCACUGGUGCCAGUGAGCUAGGUUUUGGCCUAGUCUGGAUGCGUGAGGGCUGAAGACUUCAGGAAAGCACUUUGUCUGAUGGGGACCAAUGUGAAAUGCUGCCGCUGAGCUCUCAAGACUUGACUGGAAAACCCUCCCGUCAUUCCCUCUUCCACUUGACUGAAGAGAGCUUCAGCACAGGCUGUUAGUGUCCCAGUAUCAUAAAACAUCUCCUGUCCCACCAUGUUUACGGGUUGGGACAGUUAAACAAAUGAUGAAGACUGGGACUCCUUUAAACACUCCUCGCCCAACUUCUAGCAGCUGAAGUGGAAGAAAGCCACCCUUCCUCAUCAAUGGCUGAAACAAAUUUGGGAUAAGGGAGUGCUAUAGGACCUUAUGACUUUGCUUACCAGAGUGGCACUGUUUCACUUCCAGCAUUUAAGGUAUAAACUGUCUGUAAGACUAUACCUGCCUGUCUCCCAGCUGGAAAAGAGCACUAUCUCUACUUAAUCCCUCCUUACCCUUCCUCUGGUUUUCAGUUGUAUUGAACCUGCUGCUUUGGGUUAAUAUCUUCAAACCAGCAAGAUGUCCUCACACUGAAGAGGGCCCAACACCACUGAGCCACCUUGCAGUUCCUAUGCUCUCCAGCCUCAGCUCAGAUGAUGCUGGGCAGGAUUACAUCGGUGAAGAAUGCCCUAAUGGCACUAGCUCUUCCUUUGUAGCAGACAGUACUUGCCACUCCUUUGUUUCAGUGCUGUCUGCCAAGCCUCCUUUGUCAAGCAGCCUUCAGCACUGCCUCUUCUGUCCUUGCCUUUCAGUGUGAGACAGAGAGCAGUAUGAGACCUUCUAGCUGGAAUGACUUUAAGGCUUGCAGGAGGUUCCCCUGGAGUUUGGUGAUGCUAACUGGCUGGAAGCAAAGGCUUAACAGCAAACCUUUUUCUACCUGGGCAGACCAGUGUUUCUCCUUCUUUUGGUGGGGAAAGAGCAGGAUUCAGUUUAUGCAGGGCCAGAGGUUUCCUCUAGAAAGUCUAUGCCUGUGAAGGGUAAUCCUUUUGCCAUGCAAAGUCCAAGAAUGGAACUAUGGGUUGUAGGUGUGACAUAGUAUUUUGUCCAAAAACCUUUAGCCAGUAGUAGCAUCAGCUUUAAGCUAACUGUUCUUUCAUGAACUACCAUUACAGCUACUUAGUUUCUCCCUCUACCAUAAGAGACUUCAGCACCUUUGAGCCUUUCUGCAGUUUGUAGAAAUGCAAACUGUAGCUGGUGUUAUACAUUUAUCAUAGCAUUUUAUACAGUGAGACAGCACCUGAAUCUGAUCUCUCACUUGCUGAUUCUUUUUAAAACAAGUGAAGCAAGUGUUCCCUAAGUAGGCUCCUUAUGAAUUGUGUUCCUCUGGAAGGAAGAAGAAGGUUGGCAUUUUUUCUUGAAGGCUAUGCAGCAAAGGGGUAGUUUUACUUGCUGUGGAUUCAGAAGUUUCAGUGAGAUGUAGGAUCAGAGGCCUCACAAGACUUAUUGCACAGUUCAUUGGUAUGAACUUAAGCGCAUUAUGUUCUCGUGAUCUGUUUCUAAACAGUUGCUCCCCAUCUCGCUUUUCAGGACUUGGAAUGCUUUUCUACAGGGGAAAACACAGUUGCUUAUAUUGUUAGAUUUGGUGGGGUUUUUUGUUUUCUUUUCACCGAGGAAAGGUUUUGUAUUUAAAUUGAUACCCAUGGUAUAAAAGUGACUCACAACCUCUAUGCCGUCUAGCUUCCACUUCAGUUUUAACACGCUGUCUGCAGUGAAGACCUCUGGGAAGUUUGGCAGACAUCAUCUUGCUGUGACUUAAUUUCCUUCAGAUAUUAAAAAAAGAACUGAAACUACUCUCCAACAAUUCUUUUCAUUUUCUAUGUAGCUUAGCCGUGAUCAGCUGUUGAUAACUUUCUGUUCUCCCUGGUAGUUCUUUUGCUGAGCCAAACAGGAACAAACCUUUAACUUGUCACUGAAGUUUCACAGUCUCAGCAGUCAAAGUUUUUCCAACAAACUGCAUUACAGCACCAUGUUCACAAGCUGUCAGAACAUCAGGGCUGUGAGACAGCACUGCUAGAACCCACCAAGCAGAACCUCCUGACUUGAUCGUUUAACAUUUAACCUCUGCUUUUCAGAAACUACGUCUUCAGCUGUCAGCUAGAACAUGGGUGCAGAAGCAGCAAAGCAAGCAGAUUACUGCAGAAGUAACAUUCAUGUUGCAUCCUAGCUCGAUGGCUACAGCUACUUUGCUCUUGUAAUUUUGCUUCUCUACAGCCUGUCUUGGAAGGAAGUCAGAAGUAUCCAAAUAGAAAACGGAACAAAAAGACUUAGCUAUCCUAAACCCUCCUCAUUUGUUUCUUUGCAAAUGAACUCUUCAUCUGCAGUGUCUUUUCCUAAUACAAUAGACAUUGUAUUUACUGGUGUUGCACAUAGAAAAUCCUUGAUAGAGCAGUAUGAAAUACAAAAAAAUGGCUAUAGCUUGUGCCUGUUUAGCAGGCUGGUUUUGUUUCCUAGCCUUUGAACCAAUUUCACUGAAUUGUAUCUGUCCAAGAGCUGACUAACUGUUUUACCUUGAAUUAAGUACAGACAUUUGUAAAUCCCCUCCUUGGAACUUAAUAGCUGCUUUUUUGAAUACUGGCAGCUGGAGGGGGGUCAGUUGUUUGGUAUAUUUUAAACUAAAAGAGGAAGAAAAGUGUGGCAUAAGGUCAGAUAUUGACAAGUACUGUAAGAUCCUCUUUUCCAGUUGAAGUACUUUGCCUUUACAGUGGUGCCUUUAAUCUCCUGGUACGAUGUCUCUGGUUGGUUGCGAGUGAUCAGAGGCCAGGCUGAAUGGUGAUUCUAGAAACCAUGCCUACCCAGUGCUCCAGUAAACAUAGGCUGGUAUGUUUCUCUCUCCUACUGCCUUCAUCAUACAGCAAUUACAGGAAAGAGCAAGAGCCUCACAGUUGCAUCUUUAGUUGGACUAGACAUGUGUAAUUAAGUAAUGAAUUAUUAUUACUUUUACUAUCUGGAGUAGAGAGUAAAAAGCUCAGAAUUGAAAUAAAUGCUAAGUUUUAAAAAUCUCAGUAAGUGAUAUACUGUGUUAGACAUUUAAAUCGUGAGAAAAUCUCACUGCAAGUGUAGAGCAAGCAGCACUGAGCUAAAUACAACUAAGAAUGAUAGCGGAUACUAGGAAGGAGGCAUUUUACUGAAUUAGAGUUCAGAUUUAUCUUAGAGACAUGCUAACACACUCUUUUCUAGCUUAAAUUGUUACUUAAGAAGUUAGAGCUAAUGAUGACAUCUGUCAGAGGAGAUGAGCUCUCCUACCCAUCAUUCUGAAGGGCAAAAGGAAGUUCUAUCACCUUUUCAACAAAGCAGCUUACUGUACAGGCUUACUGAGUAAAGCGGUGUUGCUAUGAUACUUCUUGCAUUUUAAGAAGUGCCAGAGUUCAUUGGCAAGAGGUUAGGAGUAGUUGCGGCCCUCCUGGGGCAAAGGACAGGCACGCUUUGGGAGGGAGAAAGGGAGUGGUUUCUGAAACAGCAGUACAAAGUACUCUGUCCUCUUGUAAAAGUUUACAUAGCAUGCUAACUACCCUGAAUUAUCUCAUCAUAGCGGUAACUUUUAAGUUACUUGCUCUUGUUUUUUUUUGUUGUUGUUGUUGUUCCUCCUCACCCCAAACUAAUGGUCUGGUGAUGGUGGGAGAUGACAACACGCUGGUGGUGGAUUUUUUCUUUUUUUCUUUUUUUUUUUGGAGGGACUGGAAUGCAUUGACGUGACAGAAUGAUAAAGUGCCAGCGAACUGAGAUUUCAGAUCCUGGUUAAUGCAGCAUGACAUUCAAAUGGAAAUGACUAAUUGUGGUUAAAAUAAACAGGUGCCUUGGGCUGGUCCAUUAUUAGGUUAUCCUUCAUUUUUAUUUAUGUUAUGGUAUUUUAAGCCCUUCUAGAAUGUACUGUAAAUUGAAGCCAGGAUAAAUGUUCUCACGGAGUGGGACCUAGCGUUCUCCUUCUUCCUGUCUUGGGGUUCAUACAAAUAAAGUUGUUUGUCUUGCUGUCAGACAGAAACAUAAGAACAGAGUCCUUUCCUCUACACUGUAGGUAGUAGGUUCAGCCUCUACUUAUUUAUAUUAUGAUUUCCUCACAUCUUCCCCUCUGAAUGUUGCAAUUCAGAUAUCUAGAACCACUUCAUACUGAGAGACCUCUGAAUUGUGAAGGAAGGGGAAAAAAAAAUCACUUGAAUGACAUUUAUAUAAGCUAAUCAACUUGCAUUGAUAUAAGUAUUUAAAUAUCAGCCUGUAUUUUCAGACUGGCCUUGGUACUUCAACAGCAGCACAGCAUUACCAACACCAGGUCUGAAAAGAGCUCUUGGUUACCUUUGAGCAAAGAAUCACAGUGUGCAGGAGCCAAGCAUCCAAUACUAGGGAAGGGAGUGAACUGUUUUCCCCUUGAAAUGGUCCAGAUGAACCAGAAGCUGUAGCUAUCACUUAGCCUCUUUAAGCAAACUGGUUGUAGUUAUAAGAGCUCUGGUGUUAUUUGCGUCUCGCAGAUGUGUGGUUGCUCCCACAGGCCUGUGGCUGUGUAGCAGAACUGCUUACUAAAACAUGGGUAUUUUUUAAAACAAUUAAAGCUUACCUUUUUGAAA